CGUGUCCCAGAAUGCAGUCUGGUAAACAGACAUGGAAGCACCAGGUGAAGACCUCCACAGAGGCUGAGCUCUGCACUCGCUCUUUCCCACCGUCUUCUAUCUCCUUGGCCCAGUGCAUCCCGUUGAUAUACACCUGCCUGGUGUCCCGUUUACGCCUACAUCACCCACAGCCUUGACGUCCUCUCCAGUGUGUGUGAGUGCUGCAGGAAUCACCAAAACUGAUGAGGAUCGGCUGAUAAACUUAAAAAUAAGGUAUUUUUUUCUUAUUUUGCCAAGCGGAAAGAAUGUCGGAAAGGGCCGAGGAUGACCGUCAGGGGGGAGCAGCGCCGAGCGCCAGGCAGCAGCUGAAGCAGCAGCCAGAUCCAGCGGGGGAGAAGGGCUCCACAGCAAUGGCGACUGUUGCGGAGCGGAGAUCCUUGCCUAGUCCAGAAAUAAUACUGGGACAGCCUUGGAGCAACUGGGUCGACGCCGCCAAACUCCACGGCUACGACGGUGCUGAAUCUGAGGAAAGUUUCAAAGACUUCGGGAAAAAUCGAGAAGCCAUGCUGUGCAGAGAAGACAUGCACAUAUUUGGCCAGUGUCCCGCACAGGACGACUUCUACCUGGUGAUGUGCAGCCACUGCAGCCAGGUAGUGAAGCCCCAAGCCUUCCAAGCACACUACGAGAGAAGACACAGUUCGGCCAUGAAGCCAGCCUCCACCUCGCCCUUCCCCGUGUCGGGCAGGAACCGGAGCAGUGGGCUCGGGCCCCUGCUGGGCUCGGGCUCUGCAGCUGGAGUGGCGACUGGAGGCAUCCUUAGCCGACCUAACACAGCUGGAUCCAGCUUAUCCUCCCCAGCGUCCUCCGCCUCCUCCAAUCCCAAACUCCUCAAACCAGCCAAAGAGAAGCAGCCAGGCAUUCAGCGAAGAACCCCCUUUGCACCCUUCAGGACGCCCCAGCUGGACAAGAUCCUCACCCCGGCUGUCAAGGUGGAGAAGAUGCAUCUGAGGGUGGACUCCUCGUCAGCUAAGCUGGUGCAGGCCCCGUCUGCCCCAGCCACCACCUCCCCCUCCUCCACAUCCUCCUCUAGCACCACUGUGAGCUCCAACAAUACCACCAUCACCACCUCCUCCUCAUCCUCAUCAUCAGCCCUUAAACCAGGCCUUAAUUGUCCCUCCAUACCAAAGCCUCCAUUACUGGCCCCGGGUCAGAUUCCCAACGGCAAGGGCCACCUCUCAGUCCUCUCAGACAAGAAGCAGGACGGCAGCAGCAGUGCCAGUAGCAGACGCCACGUUAACAAGAAAGUUACAGAGCGCGAGUACAAUGCAGAUGUCCACUGUGGCGUUGUGGAUUUGACCGCUCGGAAAACAUGCACAAGAUCGCUAACAUGCAAGACACAUUCCUUAAGCCAGCGGAGAGCGGUGCCAGGGCGGAGGAAGCGCUUUGACACGCUGCUGGCGGAGCACAAGAGCAGAACGAGGGAUCGGGAGAAGGAAAAGGAGAAGGAGAAGGAGAAGGAGAGAGAGCUCCAACAAACCCAUUCCCAGCAGAACCCCUCUCUCAGGGACCCUCACCCCUCCUCCCACCUCGCCGCUGCCCAUGACGCCCACCAGGUCGCUCACGUCAACGGCCCCGCCACAGACGCCACAAAGCCUUUGCCAAUCGGCAAGCCCAAAUUUCACAGCCCUGGUCUUCCACGACUAAACAGCAGUCACGGAGGUAUAACCCCUGGCGACCCUGCAGUUGUCCAAGAGUCACCCCACCACGCCCAGACCACCCCCGAUGGGCUUUCCCGACCCUCCAGUGACGAGGGAGAGAACGAGGAGCGGGAGGAUAGCGCUGACAAACUGGACUGUCACUAUUCAGGUUAUCACCCUCGACCGGCAGCUUUCUGUACAUUUGGAAGUCGACUGUUUGGGAGAGGCUGCUACUCCUUUGACAGGAGAUUGGACAGAGUGCGAUGUGCGCUCACCUCAAUGAUGGACAAGCACGUCAACUCUCAGAUGUGGAAGAAAAUCCCCUUGGCCUUGGAGAACUCCUCCUCCUCUGUUGUACCUUCACAUAGGACAAGCACAAAUUCCCACAGUAGCACCCCCUCUUCAGGCUUCCUGGGCCCCCCUGCCACCCUGCCCCAGACUCCUUAUAGCCAAUCGUACGAGGGCAAGUCCGUGCUCUCCUAUGGGACCACCUUAAAUGCCCGCAGCUCCCCACAGGGCGGGGCUGAGCACCCGGCCUACGGCAUUACGCAGGCCCGACAAGUGUCUUCGUCGCCUCAGAUGCCUUCAGCCCACUCGUCCUCCUCUUCGUCAGCUCCUUCCCUCGCCUCAGGCCGGGCGCUUAAGUCCCGCUCUUCCUCCUCCAGCAGCAGCACUACCAAGUCGUCGUCAUCGUUCAGGCCCAAAGACAUCUCCUCUGGCCCCUCCACCCCCAUCUCCCCCAACUCCCUCAGUGGAGCCAACAGUAACAGUAGCAACACUAGCUUCAGCUCGGGGAAGAAGAGGAAGAACAGCGCGAUUCUCUCUUCGUCCCACGUCCCUUCGGACUCCUCCUCCAAUGCCAACUUUUCCUCGUCUUUCAAGAAGAACUGUGCAAAUGUCGGCAGCUCAGGGAGCACCUACCACCACGGCUCAUUAGGCCCUUCAUCCUCAUCGUUGUUAUCUUCCUCCCACACCGGUGUCCACAGCGUGGGGCUCAACUGUGGCCCAACGGUGCGGACCAACUCACUCAGCCUCAAGGCCGAGUCCACAGGAGGGUCAGCGGGCGGCUCCUCGGGGCCGCCGGCGAGAGGCCCCCCCUCGGGCAGCCCUGCAGAGUCCAUCAAGCGCAUGAGCGUGGUGAUGAACAGCAGCGACUCCACCCUGUCCCUUGGGCCCUUUGUCCACCACCCGUCUCUAUCCUCCUCUGACCACCACACCAACUUCAGCCACCACUCUGACGGGCGCCUCGAGGGCAAGAAGCGCAAAAGCUCUCCUGCCUCCAGCGGCAUUAAUAGUGCAGGAGGAGGUGGAGGUGGGGUGGCAGGAGGGGGACCUGGACCAGCGAGAACCAAAGUGGCCAAGUCACCUGCCAUCAACAACAUCCAUGGGAAGCAUGGGCGAAGCAUUCCAGGGACACCAGGGCUACCCAACAACCAUUUUCAGCCAAAGGCUCGUCCCUGACAGCGGUCUCCGGCUUCGUUGUGUGGAACCGGCAGGCGGACGGGGAACAGUCCGGAGCUUUCCGCAAACCGCUCCGGACGGCACGAGGCCUUUUAAUCAAAACCCACAUUACUCUCAGCUUCCCACAAUCCUCAGGGUGGAGAUUAUCUGGACUGCCUAGUGAAGUCAAUGUGGUCCUUAAUAUUUCUCCCAAAGCCAUGUGUGAGUGUGUGUGUGUGUGUGCGUGAGUGUGUGUGUGUGUGUGUGCGUGAGUGUGUGUAUGUUGGGAGGGAUAUGGGUGCGAUAGUACAGCGUAGAGUACCAGGGGUCUAAUGAGCGAGCCAGGGACCCCUGCC